AUGCACCCUUUGACCCCCCGCCCCUCGAGCCCCCAAUCGCCAUUGCUUUUGAAAACCAACUUUAUUGUCGGGGCAGGUAUCAACAGACUGCUACUGUACCAGAAAUCUUCUGCAGACAGUCAUACCGGUAUGCCACACUCGAGCAAGAUGGAAGAAGAAAACAGUAGCAAAAGAGGUUUGAGCACCGCUUUACCGGAGCAGCAGAAGCGAGCAAAACACUACAGCGAUAUUGGUAAGGAUGCCUCAGACGCACUUUCACGUGUCUUAGAGCAACUCCAGGAGGAGAACAGCAACAGCAAAGCAGAAGCAGCACAUCUGCUUGAGACUGCCUUAGCACUACAGGAACAGGUGAAGGCAAUUGUCCAUCAGGCAGGUAGCAAUCUCAGACUAGUCCCAGAAGAAUCAUGUUUGAAGCAUGGGGAUAUUUGGGUGAAUGAGAUUUUCUCUUUUCUUGGCAUGGGUCAAUUUGCCUUUGUAGCACCUGUCAGCCACAGAAUGAAGGAUCUCUACCAGGCUUAUUGUGAUUCUGUAGAUUAUCCUCCACUGGUGUUCAACGAAGAUCAUGAGAUUGAACACAAUUCUUCUUAUGAAGAAGAUCUUCAAGACGCCCAGUGCUCAGCAACCCCUUCUGAUACUUUCUACGGUGCAAUUUUCUCCUCUGUGCCCCGUGCAGAGUAUUGGUACAUCCACUGUGAAACUGGCGCGGGUGGACGUAAUUUACUUAGUUGCACUGGCACCAUUGUUUGUUCUACGGCUGCUAAGGUGGGCAGUCGACAAGUUCUUCAAUGGGGGCGAAAGAAAAGAUUUGGUUGGGAUCAAAGAACAUGUUUCAAUGCUGCUGGAAAUGGCCGUUUGGAAGUCCUCAAAUAUGCUCAUGAGAAUGACUGUCCAUGGAAUGAAUCUACAUGUUCUGGUGCUGCUGCAAAUGGCCAUUUGGAAGUCCUCAAAUAUGCUCAUGAGGAGGGCUGUCCAUGGGACAAUAACACAUGCUCAAAUGCUGCUAAAAAGGGACAUUUAGAAAUCCUGAAAUACGCUCAUGAGAAUGGCUGUCCAUGGGGCAAUACAACAUGCUCAAAUGCUGCUGAAAAUGGACAAUUUGAAAUCCUGAAGUAUGCUCAUGAGAAUGGAUGUCCAUGGGAUGAAGGCACAUGCAGUGGUGCUGCCGGGAACACUCAUCUGGAUAUCUUGAAAUAUGCUCAUGAAAACAACUGUCCGUGGGAUUCCUACACAUCUUCCAAAGCUGCACAGUACGGCCAUUUGGAAGUUCUAAGGUAUGCAUUUGAAAACGGUUGCCCAUGGAGUGACAGUAUUGAUGACAGUCUUUGGCUGGCUGAUGAAGUAAAGGCCUUGAUCCAAGAAAAGUUGUCACAGAGGAAUGACUGA